CCUUAACAGCAGUCAAGCAUCACCCAUCCCAUCUCCAGACACCCCGUCAUCUCUCCGCGAAGCUUCUAUAACCGGUCGCCAAACUGCGGUAUCCACACCUCUCCAGCUCCAACAUGGACUUCUCCGAUAUCUUUCGCAUGGUGAACUUCGCCGUCGCCGCCUUCAUUGUUCUUGGCGGUGUUGCGAAAUUGUUCCCUUUCAACGAUUUCUCGAACAUCAUUCUCGGUGUUUACCUGAUCAUCUUCGGUGCCGGCACAGCUCUGCUAGAGUUCCAGAUCCCUCAGCAAGUCGCUCGCUAUGCCUCGUUCAUGUUCUCCUUCCUCGGCCGUGGAAUAUUUUACGUUUUCAUCGGUUCCGUAAUCGUCGGCAACGGCUGGUACCGCAUCGUCCCAGGUACCAUUGUUGGCAUUAUUGGUCUUGCCUACGCCGUCCUGGAGUACAUUCCCUCGAUCGAGCCCCCGGCGAACAUGCGCGAUGCUGAUGCUGGCUGGGGUGCUGAGCAAGUCUAAAC